AUGUGGACGAACGAUUCUUCGGAUAAGGAUUGGAGAGGUCAAUGGGUCUGGGUGAGAGUUCCCGCUGAUCCGGAGCACCCUUAUUUUUUCGGAGCUCCCCGAUACCUUUCCAGGCCUGAUCCGAACAUGCAGGAUCUGGGCCCUAAGGACCCUGAUGCCGCUCGUCACCCCAGCUACGAGCAAAUGAGCUUCUUCGGGAUCCAGGAUAACCCAUGGGGAGUUGGCCGAAUGAGAUUCAUCCCGACCAGAUGGCUUCCAGACAACCAUUACGUCUUCCAAGAGAAGAUGUUGGCGGUUGUCGGCCUCAGCCGAAAGUACAGGGAUGAGCUGAGCGAAGCUACCUCAAGUAUUGACUACAAUCGGCUCGGGGUGAACGCUGAACGAGUCAUUUUAGAUCGGGCUCCGGCGAUCACUGCUCCGAAGAACCGUCCGUUGCAUCUGAACGAAACGGGCCUUCAGAUCGAGGCUGCCGCCGAUUACACCAAGCAGAAGCCUUGGUGGGAGAAGCGAGAUCCCCUCAGGCCUUUAUUACUCGAGGAAGCACAGGCUGCUCAGACAGCUGAGGACGUGUCCCGAGCAAUCGAAUCCUUGGAAGGAGGUGCAGGGACGUCUGGUGCUGCCGAGAGGGAUACCUCUGCAUCUAGAGCUCAGCCGAGGGUUCCAUUUGAGGAAGGGAGCGGAAGGAGAGAAGUGAAAGCGCCUGCUCGUUCUGAGGAUCCAUCUUCGUCAAAAUCUGAAGAAAUGGACGAGCAGCCCUUGGCAAAGAGGAGGAGGAGGUUAGCCGUACUGGGGCCUCAUCAGUUUCAGACGGGGAUGAGGCCUACCGGAGGAAUCCAAAUAAGAAAGCCUGAUGAAGAUGAUAUUGAUAGGGAGGUUGAUGCUCUACUUCGUCAACCUGAUCUGGGGGAGGAAGCAGAGGAGGUCAUUGCUGCUGACCCUGGUGGAGACCAGCUGGGCUCCGCCGAAAGGGAAGGACAUGCUGAGCCCAAGAAGGCUCAGGAGGUUCCCUCUUCUUCCUUCCCAUCCUUCCAGACGCUGAACUCUGGAGAUUUGGGUUUCUCGGCCCCCCGCAUCACAGUCCCAGAACCUGUUUGGGAACGAAUUUGGGGCCAGAACCGUGAAGGGGCUGCAGGUUACUUCGACGACCUAUCUGGUAUGUCGGAGGUGGACCGAGCAAGGGUGUGGUCGCUGAAGGCCACGGCUGGAAUGGGAGAGUCCAGCCAAAGGGUCCCUGACCCUGCCAGAGACAACCAGCGUUUGCUGAUGCAGGUUGUGCACAAUCAGACUCUUACUGUAGAGCUGAUUGACACCCUCCAAGACAAGCUAGAGCAUGCCUGGGACGAUAAUAAAAUUGCCCAGGAGGAGGCGAAGCUGGCUGAGCUGAAACAGCAGGCUGCUGAAGAGAAGCAGGCGGCGGCCGAAAAAUAUGAGAAGCAGGCUGCUGAGGCCCUUCGGACCUUCUGCCACGCCAUGGAAACUGAGGUUUUCCCUACUCUGAUGGCUGGGGAGAGCGUCAUCAAUGAGCUGGGGGCUUUUGACAUCCCUAGUUUCAGGGCGGCUAUCUCUCGCCGAAUCGCUGCCGAGGCCGCUGGCCAAGUUCGAGAGAUGGAGCAAAGGCUGGAGGGUCUGGAGUCCAGCAGGAUGGCCGCUGAAGAGGCUCAACAGGCCAGGGAUGCUCACCUUUCUGCUGCCCAAGCUGCUGCUGAGAGCCAGGACCAGAAGCUGAAGGAAUUGGAAGAUCAGCUGAAGGUUAAGGGAGAUGAACUGACCCGGGCCAAGGCCGAGACUUCCAACGUUCAGCUGGAGCUUAAUGAGCAGAAGACUUCUUCCUCCAAACUCUUAGAAGAGUUAGAAAAAUCUAAAAAAGAUUUGGAGGAGAGUCGAAAGAGGUUGGCUGAUGCUGAAGCCUUGCUCCAAGUCCGCCUCUAUACCCAAGAAGAGUACGAAAUGGGUUACAUAAAUGUGUUAAAGGUGGCUCGGAGGUUAUCUCUCCAUGCUGAGCCUUCGCUGGAUUGGGUUAAGUGUGCGCUUUGGGCUCAGGACCCCGAGGAUCCGCACAUGCUGUAUGCUACUCCUGCUGAGCAUGAAAUCCUUCAGGCUGAACAAGCCGAGGAGGAAGCUGAGCGGCAGGAGUUGGAGGCUGAACAGCGAGCCGCUGAUGCUCCGGCAAGGGCCCAACCUACCUCCUCUGCCGCUGGAACGGAGACUGCUCCGGGUCUAGACACAGCUGACUAG